UAGCGGACACUGCAGGCGGCGACGGCUGUGCAGCCAUGGAGAGGUACAGGGGACGCGUCGCCAUGGUGACGGGCGCCAGUGCGGGCAUCGGCGCCGCCAUCACACAGGCCCUGCUCGGGGAAGGGCUCACCGUCGUGGGCGUGGCCCGGAGGGCGCACAGGGUUAAGGAACUGGAACUGAAAGAUGCACCGGGCAAACUGCACGCCAUAGAAGGAGAUGUCAGUAGUGAGGAGAGCAUCAUGUCCGUCUUCAGGUGGAUUAAAGACAACCUGGGUGGCGUCGACGUUCUUAUCAACAACGCUGGCGUUUCAGCCGAAGCACCGCCGUCUUCUGGCAAGACGGAGGACUGGAAACGAAUCCUGGACGUGAACGUGCUGGGCCUGAGUAUCUGCACCAGGGAGGCCGUGCAGGACAUGCUGAGCAGGGGCGUCGACGACGGCUUCAUCAUUCACAUCAACAGUUUGGCGUGCCACCUUCCCACAUUCGACGAGCUGUACGCCAUGUACUGCGCCAGCAAGUACGCCGUCAAGGCGCUGCUCGACGGGCUGCGCCUCGACCUGGUCGCUAGGAAGAGCAACAUCCGCGUCGGGCAAAUAUCCCCCGGCGUAGUUAUCACGGAAAUUUUCGACAAUCUGACAAAACUCUCGAAAGAAGCAGCCCUGGCGAUGGCGCACUUGCUACCAGAGGACGUGGCAGCGGCCGCGGUGUACAUGCUGUCCCAGCAACCGCGCGUGCAGGUUUACGACAUCAUAUUACGGCCUACUGGAUCGGCGUUUUAGCUCUAGAUGUCAUAGCUUUUUCUGGUUUCGAGAAGAUAAGCAUAUCCAGAAAUUUAUAAGCCUCUAGAACCAACAUGCAUUUGCUUGUUCAUUACACUAUUUUUGUUUGGCUGAGUAAGGAAAUAAAAGAAGAUUCCCUGUGAUGUGUAAUUCAGAGAAUAUGUAGAAGAGGGAGACUUUAGUUCGUUACGACGUACCUCUCUUAAUCAAGGUGGACUGUAUAUUUUGUAAAUUACCGGAGGUGUGACAGAUCAUUCGUAAUUGUAAUACAGCAGUAUUGAGAAUUUGAGAAAUGAAUCAAUCCAUAAAAGGAUAGUAGUAAGUUUUGACACUGAAACUAAUGUACAUACUACUUUUCAACUCUCAACAAAUUCUUAGAACUAACAUCAUUAUACACUCCUAGCAGGCAUAAAGAUAUUAACUGCAUAAAAUAACAAAAUGGAGAGCUAUCAACCUGAAACAGUGCGACACUCGUAUUUCAUUCUGUAACAAGAUGAAUUUAGCUAUACGUACGUGUGUGUAUCAAUGUAUGUGCAUAAGAAUUACCUUAUGUGAAGCAGUUAAGUGUUAAAUACGCGUCAAACUAAUACUGUAUAGACUGAAAUAAAGAUAAUGUGUACUGUCA